UCUAGUUUAUAGUUUUGCGCAUGUGCAAAUUAUUAGAGGAAGUGGUAAUUUUCGGAAUAUUUGAGAAAAUGUUGAAGAUGAGGGGAUUUCCAUUAACAGUUAGAUGAGUUAGAGACUUGAGGCAGUAUUUGGCAUGCUUAGUCCCUUACCUGUUUGUGCAAACAAUUCCAGUCAAGAUGGGCUAUGAACUCAAUCGCUUUCAAGGUGAUGUGGAUGAGGAACUCAUUUGCCCUAUAUGUAGUGGAGUUCUUGAAGAACCUUUACAGGCCCCACAGUGUGAGCAUGCCUUUUGUGCAGCAUGUAUACAAGAAUGGUUAACUAGGCAACCUACAUGUCCAGUAGACCGGAACCCUAUCACCCCUAACCAGCUGAAGCCGGUUCCCCGCAUCCUCAGGAAUCUGCUGUCUCGUCUACAGAUUGCCUGUGACAAUGCAACGUAUGGCUGCACUGUGGUAGUCAAAUUAGACAUGCUGUCAGCACAUAUACAGGAAUGUGAACACAACCCAAAGAAGCCUGUACAUUGUGAAAGUGGGUGUGGCAUUGUAGUGCCCAAGGAUGAACUGAAGGAUCACAAUUGUGUGCGUGAGCUGAGGAACUUGGUUCAGCAACAGGCAUCAAGGAUCACAGAAAUGCAGACAGAAAUCACUGAGCACAAAUUAAACAUAAGUGAACAGAAGAGAGAACUUCAGUUGUUAAAAGAAUACAUGAGAUCGAUGAGAGUAUCAAAUCCUAGAAUGAGAGAAAUACAGUCUGAAAUGGAGAACGCUGAUGUUCUAAGAUGGGUAAGCAGUCUACAAACUGCACGGGUGACACGGUGGGGUGGUAUGAUCUCCACGCCAGAUGCAGUGUUGCAAGCAGUAAUUAAGCGGGCCCUGAUAGAUAGCGGCUCCCCUCCCCACAUAGUUAAUGAACUCAUGGAGAAUGCACAUGAAAGGAGAUGGCCAAGCGGGCUUAGUACACUGGAAACCAGACAACUGAACAGAAGACAGUAUGAAAAUUAUGUUACAAAAAGAAUUCCAGGUAAGCAAGCUGUGGUGGUGAUGUCAUGUGAAAAUGAACAUAUGCCAGAUGAUUUGAUAAUGGAACCAGGGCUGGUCAUGAUAUUUGCUCAUGGAGUUGAAUGACCGGCACAGGGGAGCUGAGAUCUGUGAUAUUUUGUGAUUUUCUUCAGAGGACAAGAAAAGUGCUUUCACAUCUGGUAACAGAUACAUAUGUUAUUGAUUAUUAUAAACUUAUGUAGAACUAUGAAUGAAUAAUUCAAAACGUCUUAUUUUACUGACAAAUGGUGCAUUUAUGUGAUGAUUGGUGUUUGAUUCUGUGAUUCUUAUGCUUUGAAUCAUGUCUGUAUGAUUGUAAGUUACAACAAAAUAGGAAUAUUUAGCCUUGAUUAAUAGUGAUAAAAGAACUGUAUGUGACCUGCUUUACACUUUAUUUUCUAUGUUUUCCAUCAGUUCCAAGGCUGAUUUAGAAAGAAAACAAUUUUUUUAAGAGGAAGACAUGCAGUUCUUGUUUUUGGGUAGAUGAUGAAGCAUUAUAUUAGUAGCAUAAUAGUGACAAGAACAGGACAUCAAUGAUCAUAAAUUAUAUUUUCAGCAAUUUGAAAUGAUAAAAAGUUUGAGAAAAUGUGGUCACAUAAAUGUAACAAUGAAUUUUAUACAUAAGUAUGAAAAAAAUUGGGUGGGGAAGCAUUCACAAAUUUUAAGGAGUAUUGUUGAAAUAGGACAUGUAGGGAACAAAUAAAACAUGCUAUUGUCCAAUGGUUGCAUUUUGAUAUAAAUGCAUAUUCAUUUGUACAUCUGACAUACUGUCAGUGUGUUUUUUCCAUGUGCAUUUUGUGUAUGAUAAAAACUCUUUCCUAUGUAACAGCAUUUCUGUAUGUUUCUAUUAUGCGAGUUCAGCUGAAGAUAGUUAUCUCAAUGUCAUCCAUUUUUCAAGAUUAUUUUUUCAUUCAUGAACAAUGGCUAUCUUAAUUUUAGUCUAUUCAUACAGAUGCAUGUUGAUGGAAAAAUGUCGAAUAAACAGUGCAAAUGAAAUAGUUUCGAAUUGUUUCUGAAAUUUUAUAGUGUAGUACUUUAAAUACUUUGAGAUGGGUGUGCAGUUUAUGUUUCUCUUUUGAUGAAUGUUGUGACUGAUUCAGAUGAGAAUACCUUUUGUUUCGUUGUUGCUUGAUAUUGAUGUGAAUUGUUCAUUUGAAUACAUGCUGUCCCAUGACAUAAAAAAAUUCAUACCUUUCUUUACAUUAAAAUUAUGAAUGUCUGAAUAUGUAAUGUUUUGUAAAUAAUGUACAGAAAAUUGACUUCUUCUGUUGCAUUCAGCCAUGAAUCUAUGUUUAGAUGAAAAUAAAAACACUGAACCCAUA